AAUGGAGUUGAGAAGUCCUGGUGUUUACUUGCCCUAUGCGUGGGCACAUGGUCGGCCGGAGAAGAUGACAUCGUCGACUUGCCAGGGCUUCAGUUUGUGGUCAAUUUCAAGACCUACUCUGGCUACCUCAACGCGAAUGAUAAGGGCAAUUGGCAGAUGCACUACAUGUUGACAGAAUCGCGGUCCGAUCCCUCUUCAGAUCCUCUCAUUGUCUGGUUCAAUGGAGGACCUGGAUGCUCCUCCUAUGUGGGACUUUUCGAAGAGCUUGGACCAUUUUAUGUGAAUUACGACGGACAAUCUCUCUAUGAGAACAUCUACGCUUGGAAUACGAAAGCAAAUGUGCUCUACUUGGAAUCUCCAAUUGGUGUUGGGUUCUCGUAUGACACCUUACAGGACAGCUAUUCUGUUGCAAAUGAUGAUCAGACUGCCGAUCAGAAUUACGCUGCCCUGAAAGACUUCUUCACUCGGGUUCAACCACAGUACAAAAACCGCACAUUCUUCCUGGCUGGUGAAUCCUAUGCUGGAGUAUAUGUGCCUAUGCUAUCGAUGCGCAUCGUCAAAGGAAUCAACGAGGGAGACUUCCCAAAUCGCAAUUUUCAG